AUGCCGUCCCACAUAUACACCAUCACCGAACCACACCCAACCGUCCCGCCAAACUCCUACGCCCACACCGGCCGCGGCGGCGCCGGCAACAUCUUCCGGGCCCCGGCCGCCACCACCACCACCGCCCCGGCCGCACAGACUACCACCGCCUCCUCCUCCUCCUCCUCCACAAGCCGCUUCUUCUCCGGCCGGGGCGGCGCCGGCAACGCGCGCCCGGCGGCCGAGCGGCCCUCCCUCGGCGCGGAGUACGCGCGCCGCGCCGACGCCGACGCGACCACCACCACCACCGGCGGGGCGCAGCACGUCGGGCGCGGCGGGGCCGGCAACGUCGCCUUCUUCUCCUCCUCCUCCUCCUCCUCCUGGGGCCCGGCGGCGCGGAAGGGCAGCGACGCGUCGUCGAGCAGCAGCAGCAGCGGCGGCGGCGAUGGGGACAGCGUCCGGUCAUCGGGGCUCUGGUCGCGGCUGACGGGUGGUCGGGGGUGA